AUGCUAGAGCCGAUACAAAAUGCCGAGAAGGAUCCCGAGCUCAUCCCUCAUCUCUCAACCCCGGUGGAUAUUGAAAUCCAGAGAGACACCACCAUUCCUGAUCCCCACACGCCCACCACGAAACACCCCCGGGGAAAACGGGCUCGCCUAAUUCAUGCUCUUCUAUGGACUCCGCCAUGGUGUCGCUGGGAUGAACAGAAUCCGCCAAAAUUUGGACUCCCCUUGAAUUUCCUUUUCGCAUUCGCUGGUACAUUUACGGUCGCCAAUCUAUAUUAUUCACAUCCAAUUCUCGAUAAAUUGGCUCAAUUCUUCCACGUUUCGCAAGAAAGAGCCUCCCUCAUCCCAACCUGCAGCCAGGCCGGAUAUGCCGCUGGAAUCAUUUUUCUAUGCCCGUUGGGUGACAUCGUUCGGAGAAGACAUUUCAUCGUCUUAUUGACCUUCAUUACAGCUACCUUAUGGAUCGGCCUGUGCAUUACCAAUUCUUUCAAUGUGUUUCUCUGCCUGAACUUUUUGACCUCGGUCACAACGGUCACUCCGCAAAUCAUGCUCCCGCUCGUCGGAGAUCUCGUUCCUCCUGCGCGACGUGCGACGGCUCUUUCCAUUGUAUCGUCCGGCCUCGUCCUCGGCCUUCUAUUCGCAAGACUCUUAUCCGGAAUUAUCUCGGCCUACUCUUCAUGGCGGAAUAUAUACUGGCUAGCACUUGGUCUCCAAUACCUCAUCGUGAUAUUAAUCUGGACAUUCAUGCCGGACUACCCCUCCGUCAACACGGACGUGUCGUACUCCAAGAUCCUGGUGACCAUCGCAACCUACUUCAUCUCAUCCCCAGUUCUCAUUCAAGCUACUCUUAUGGGCUUCUUUCUAUCCGCCACUUUCACCAGCUUCUGGACGACAUUGACCUUCCUGUUGUCCGGAACCCCUUACUACUUCUCCACCGUCCGAAUCAGUCUAUUCGCUCUGGCAGGGCUAACACCGAUAAUCCUCGGCCCUUUCUACUCGCGAUUCGUCAUUGACAAAUACACGCAACACUUUUCGAUCUGCAUCGCCCUCACACUCAUGGUCACUGGUAUCUGUAUCGGUGCCUACACGGGAACAUUUUUCGUUGCGGGCCCAGCCUUCCAAGCCGCUUUUCAAGAUUUCGGCUUGCAGAUGACGCAGAUCGCUAACCGCACGGCAAUAUUCCGCGUGGCGCCCAAGGCACGUAGCCGAGUCAAUACCGCCUACAUGAUCGGCGUUUUUUGUGGCCAAUUGAUGGGGACGGCGGUGGGGAACCGCGUCUAUGGUGAAAGUGGUUGGGUUUUGACGGGAUCGGUUAAUAUUGUCUUUGUUGGUGUCGCGUAUCUGAUUUUGUUGGCUCGUGGCCCUUUGGAAACUGGGUGGGUGGGAUGGAAGGGAGGGUUUCCGAUCCGCCGGGUUGAAUUGUAG